AUGUUAAUAAAUCGGAGAUAUACAAAAAUAUUUUAUAAGGGAUUAUAACAUACUCAAUAUGUAAUGGUGAUGUGUCGAGCGUAUUCGAUAUUCAAGUUUAUGAUGACAAGUAUAUUUACUCUUACAAUCAACUGCGAAAGAUGCGAGCUGACGAAUUGGAUGUUGGCAGUGCUUGUUCACUCGAUAAUUGCUUAUGCGUAUCAUACUUAUAUGGGUGUUCUCUUAAAUAACAUAGUAAUAAAGUUUCGAAUUUUAGUAAAUCGUAAUGUAAAUAGCAGAAAAUCUAAACCAUAUGAUUUAAAUAGAGGAAGAGUAGGAGCAAGUGAAUGCAUUAUCAGAAUCUCAAUAUGUGAUAAGCGAAGAUCUUGAUCCUUACUUGUACUUGAGUCCAGAAGAGAUGGAUAGGAAGUAGAAGGUGUUGGCAGCUUAGAUUCGAUGCGAAGUGGCACUGAAAUAUAAAUUAUUGAGAUUGUUGGGAAUAAUAACAUUUUGGAGCACUCAGAUUUUAGUAAUAUGGGCAUUAAGAUUAUAGAUGCUGAAUCCUGAGGAUCCAGAAUUGUAUCAUGCGUGUUUUAGACAUGUAAUAACAUUCCAAUUAGUAUUUUUGUUUUUGACUAUGUACUAAUAUUUGGAAGUGUACAUGGUGAGUCUAUUAUUAGUGAUAUGUUUGCCCUUCAUAAUCCCGGUUAUGUUGUGGCACAAAUUCAAACAGAAGAAAUAGAGUUAUGACAAUCAGCAAUCAUUGAAUGAACUUAAGAAGACAUGCAAAAUGCUCUAUCACUCUGAAAAGAUUCAAGGAGAUCAAGAGUGUGGUAUCUGCAUGCAUGUGUAUGUUACUGAUGAAGAACUGCUAAUAUUGCCAUGUGAUCCAAAACAUCACUUCCAUCUGCAUUGCAUCCAAGCAUGGUUGCUAAUAAAUUCCACUUGUCCUAAAUGCAGAGCAAGCUUUCUCAGAUUUAAUUAAUAGUAAUAAUUAUGA